CGCCGACUGUGCGCUCCUCCGCCUCCCUGCGCCGCCAGCCUCGCCCAUGUCUCAGUACGCUCCCAGCUCGGACUUCAAGAGGGCUUUGGACAGCAGUCCCGAGGCCAAUACUGAGGAUGACAAGACCGAGGAGGAUGUGCCCAUACCCAAGAACUACCUGUGGCUUGCCAUCGUCUCAUGUUUUUGCCCCGCGUACCCCAUCAACAUCGUGGCUUUAGUCUUCUCCAUCAUGUCUCUGAACAGCUAUAAUGAUGGAGACAUUGAAGGAUCCAAGCGGCUGGGGAGGAAUGCCAAGUGGGUGGCCGUCGCCUCCAUCAUUAUUGGCCUUCUCAUCAUCGCUAUUUCUUGCGCAGUUCACUUCGCACGACAUGCCUGAGCAGCCAGGAGUCUGCCGCGAGCAUGGAGGACGGACCUCAUUCACACACACCCCAGAGGAUUUUCUGAGGAAUGGAUCCUUGACUUCAGACUGUGACAUCUUUUCCUCUAGGACUCUCCAGAGGCAGGUCCCUGGCAAAUGAACUAAA